AUGGCUGCUGUGGCUUCUUCCUCCGUCCCAGUUUACGAGCCAGCGGCACAACUUGUCGCCUCCCCGACAUUUGCUGUUGAUUUGAAUGACGGCGUCCGCGACGAGGUAGGAUCCUUUGAUGUUCUGCCAAACGCUUUACACGGCGUUCCACCGGUUGGCGUCGGAGACGGAGAAUUGGGUGAUCCUAAUGAGGACGACGUUGAGCCGUGUCGCAUUCGCACUAGUAGAGGGCACAACGGCAUCAAGUCUGCGCUUGAGGCCCCGGACGGAGGUUGGUUACCGCCAUCUGCGUACCGUGCAUUCUGCAUACGACAUGUAGCGGCUAAUUUCGCCCUUACCUUCAAGGGCAAAGACGCUAGGAGGCUUCUCGUGAAUGCAGCGUACGCGAAGACUGAGGUUGAGUUUGAUUACUGGUUUGAUAUACUGCGGUCUGAAAACCCGGCGAUGUGUGAGUGGGCGAACCGUAAUGAUUACUCCUUGUGGACGCAGCAUCACGAUGAGGGGAGGAGAUUCGGUCACAUGACAACGAAUAUCUCCGAGUGUGUGAACUCAAUCCUCAAGGGUGUAAGAAAUCUUCCUGUAGCAUCCCUGGUGAAGGCAACAUAUGGUAGGCUGGCCGAACUCUUUGUUCGCAAGGGGCGAGAGGCUGAGGCCCAGGUGGGCACCGGACAGCAGUUCAGUCAGCAUUUGGUGAAGUGUAUUGAGGCCAACUUGAAGACGGCCAGGUGCUUCACGGUGACGUUGUAUGACCGUGAUAACUCCGAGUUCACCGUAGCGGAGACCACUCCGACUGGUACUUUCUCAUUGGGUACUUACCGAGUAUCGCUUGCCUCCCAGACAUGUGACUGUGGGUACUUUCAGGCGCUUCAUUUCCCGUGUCAGCACGCACUUGCAUGCUGUGCCUACGCACGUGUCAGCUGGAGCUCCUAUGUUCAUAGCGUCUAUCAGAUUACCUCGGUGUUCAAUGUCUAUUGGAUGGGAUUCACACCUCCAAUCCCGGAGGGCUUCUGGCCACCUUACGAUGGGCCCACCGUGAUUCCGGACCCAAACAGAAGGCGUGCGAGAGAGGGGAGGCCUAGAUCAACAAGGAUACGGACAAAUAUGGAUGAGGCAGAUCCGAACAGGCCAAAACGGUGUGGCCUUUGUCGCCAACCCGGACACACUAGACGUUGCUGCCCACAGGUAGUAGGAUCGUCUCAGACAGGGCGAAAUUAG